AUGGCCAGCAGACGAGGGGACUUCCUUUGGCGGCACGGACCUCGCGGAGACCAAGAGGAGUGCUUGCUGCCGUCGCGUCGAGACAGGCUCCGUCGGUGCGGCUCGUCCUCUCGCGUCGCCGCUCGGUUCCGACCACGUGCAAGUUCUCGAGAAGCUGCGUUCCUGCCGCUGACGCCGUCAGCAAGUUUCUCUGAAGACGACGGUUCUGGGGCGCAGCCGUUUUGGGCUUCCUUCUCUUCUCCGCUGUCUCCGACUCAGACUUCCGCCGCCCUCUCGCAGAAGGACCGCGUAGAGUCCGCUGUCCUCGACGUCAUAAGCCAGGCGGCAGGGAAGGCCGUCCAGCAGGCUCUGGCCAACCACUAUUCGACGGCGAAGCAGGGAUCGGAAGGUCGAGACGCAGAGCCCGUCACGGAGGCGAUGGUCAGAAUCAUGCCCGGGAACAUCGGGAUCCGAGCGGAGGCAACAGGCGGCGUAGAGGCGGAAGACCGUCUCCUGUCUCUUCCGCCUUUGACAUGUCGCUUCGCCAUUGACAGAGAUUCGAACGAUCCGGCGGGCAAACCGAAAAUCCGGCAUGUCGCCACGGAGUUAGCUCCAGAGGCACCGGAAGGGGGUCCAGAGGAGCGUCAAAGCAGCAUCUCCACUCGGUGCACAAUCACUCCGACACCGUCGCUGGAGAAUCUUUCUUCGUUUUCAACUCCCGCACAGACUGCCCGACACAGGCAUUCGCUGCCGGUUCUUUAUGCUCCCGCCGGCCCUCUCCCCGUUCUCUAUCCCGUGUCUGCGGGCUUCUCUCCUAGCGCUUCGGCCUCCCUCACAGGACUACCCAAGUACACGGAUUUCCCUUCCGCACGCUUCCGUUCUCUCUGCCGGUCGGCAGCCUUGCUAGACGGAAACCGUUUCAAAGAACAGAGGAAGGAACUCUCGCGAAGCGGAAUGCGCGGCGUGUCGGCAGUGGACGAGAAAGGGAUCGACGGCAUCCUCUCACAGACGUCGCUAUCGGCAACACCACGCGAAGGUGAAGCCGAACAGAGACUGGACGAAACGGGCCUGCGACGGGGUGUAUCCACUGCAGAGAGGCUCGAGCUGAGGAAAUUGCUCAAAGGCGUCGUCAAACUCUGGAGCACAAAGAAGCAAUAUGACAAUGCAGUGGAUCGGCUCAAGGAGUGGGCUCGAGAUCGCUACCUAGCGUCCGGUCAGCUUCCCGACCGCACACAGCUGGUCACAGAAGUGCCAGGUGUACGGUCACAAUGUUGUCACUUGAAACUGUCAGUGAAACAGCAAGCGAAGAGCCUCCGACAGCAAAUGAUGGCUGUGCUGCCUGCCGAGGCAAGCGUUUUCUCCUCCGCGGAAGACGCGGCCGUCCCUACCAAGAAACCUGCGGUCACCCAUAGCCGAAAGACCAGGGCUAGGGAGAAGGAAGGACAUGCAUGCCUUACGAUCGGAGAGAAGCUAGAGCGGAUCGAGCACUUGCUGGGGACCAUCGAGCGCGCGCUACCGCCUCAGGACCCGGAAGGCCCGAAUCGUUCUGGGUGGUUGGGCGAACAAGAGCCCAUGGACGAGGCCGUCAUGCUUCGGCGUCUGCUCGGCACCUUUAGACAAGUUAGGGCCGUCCAAAGCCAGCUCACGACUCUCUUGCGCAACCAAGGCAAGUGCGUAUCUGCUAAAGAGCUCCUCCACGGAGACUGUCGCUCUGCUGCGUCGAGCACCGCUGGGAGAAGAGACUCGACUGCGCCAGAGACGCCUGACGGGAAAGACGAGACCGAUCAUGCCGAGGAGAACGGCGGGAGGGGGGUCUCGAGAGAAAACGGCGAGGGCGAGAGACAUUUCUCAGCCGAACAGGCAGAAGUAAAGACUCUUCCCGCCUCUCCUGGACCCAAGGUGGCCAGUACAGCCGUUACUCCCCUCCUCAGAAAGAAACUCGUGGAGAUGACGGCGCAACGCGACCGGCUGGAGGACCGUCUCUCAGCCGUUGUGGGGCUUCAUCAAAAGCAGCAAGAGCUGCUGGUCGACCUCGCGAAAGAAAAUGAAAAACAUCUCUCCGAGCUCCUGACCUUGCGCGGCUCCCACCGGAUUUUCGGCUGCGUUUACACUCCGAAUCGCGAGGCAAGCACUGCAAGAAGCUGGUACCUGCCAGAAGACGAGGAGGAUCCGGAGGAGGCUGCCGAGAGCGCAGAGACAGCAGACACAGACACAGCUUCUCGCUUCGCGUUGUUUGAGCGUCUCGAGUCCCAGGCGGCUCACGAGCUUGAGGCGCGGAGACGCCCGCCAGAGGCAGGUGGAGACGCGUGCCCCAACAGGGAGGCUGAGAUGCGACUUUCGGUCGUAAAGGCGUUCCUGGCUCGACGUUCAAAUCCUCUCUUGAGUCUCCUUCCGGGAGGCUCGCGGGUGCUGCUCGAGCCUGGGUCGCGGCGACAGAGAAGAACUGGGGCCUUCGAAUUCGACCGCGUCUAUCCGGCAGGCACCCCCGUUGGGAACCUCUUUCAAGGCUUCGCCGAUCUCAUUCAAAACUGCGUAGGCGACGGCGUUAAUUUAGAAUUCCACGGUUUUCUCUCUGGUCUCUCCGGACACCGCGUCGGAUGA